GUCCUCCUGCUGCUUUUCCGUGGUGGUGCGCGCCAAAGCGGUCGGUGAAAUCUUCUUGUUCUCGCCAUCUGUUCGUAAAUCUCACUUCAAAGCAAGACAACAAAAAUAAUUUAGGAGUUCACAGCUUCCCCACAAGCAGAUCCCUUCGCAGGCAAACAACUGAACUCACACGGACACACGCACGCACGCACGCACACAACACCAAACAAAAGAGAAAACGGAAUGCUGCGUUGCUCACGGUUGACGCGUGCGGCGCUGCUGAGUGCCACGCUGGUGCGUCGGUCUGCUCUUCCGACAGCUGGCGCCGCUGUGGAACCCACCAAGGCAGGUUUGAACCCCACAGCGACUGGCAGCAACACGGCACAGCACGUGGAAACGGGUUCUCUGCAGCACUCCAAGGAAGAAAGUAAUGCCCCUUCAGCCCAUCUAGCAGAGGACGUCGUCCAGCCCCCACCCCUUCACCACCAACCCAAGUUUCUUUUAAAGGGUCGUCGUGGCAACAUGGCACCGGAAUACUACUCCACUCGUAGCAACGCGGGCCACCCUGAUGCCGUGGCGGAGUUGCUCGGUGCUGGCCGUGACGACCCGGAGUGGAUGUGGCUGAAGCUGCUGUGCUUCCUAUGCGUGAUGGCCACCUUCGGCACGACCUUAUACGGCUACUUCUUUGCCGAGCACGUGAAGUACUUCCUGGAUGAGCCGUGGUCCCGACUUAACUACUAA